AAUUUCUCUCAUUCUACUUCCCUUUCGCUGUGUUUCAUCUCUCAGGUAAUGGCAAUGGCGAUGGCGAAGCCGUGGAUGUAUUGCUUGCUUGUUUGUUUAGGUAUGGCGUUGAACAAUGUGGCUUCAGGGCAAGGAGAAAACCCUUUUGAGCCAGAUGGUGGAAGGAGAAGAGAAAUGGUGCCUGCUUUGUUCAUAUUUGGAGAUUCUCUCAUUGACAAUGGCAAUAACAACGACCUCCCUUCUUUCGCUAAGGCUAAUUAUUUCCCUUAUGGUAUUGACUUCAAUGGCGGUCCUACUGGUCGUUUCUCUAAUGGUUACACCAUGGUUGAUGAAAUCGCUGAACUACUAGGACUUCCUUUAAUUCCUGCAUAUUCUGAAGCUUCCGGCGAUCAAGUUCUUCAUGGUGUCAACUACGCCUCAGCAGCUGCCGGAAUCCUUGACAUCACCGGACGAAACUUUGUGGGGCGAAUACCAUUUGAUCAACAAAUACAGAAUUUCCAAACCACACUGGAUCAGCUCGCAGAUAACCUUGGGGCAAUAGAAGCAGCAGAAGCACUUGGUAAAUGUAUUUUCUUUGUUGGAAUGGGAAGCAAUGAUUAUCUCAACAAUUACCUUAUGCCCAAUUUCCCAACUCGAAAUCAGUACGACGGCCAACAAUAUGCAGACCUCUUGGUCCAAAAAUACAAUCAACAACUAAGGACACUUUACAAUCUUGGAGCCCGUAAGUUUGUACUAGCAGGGCUAGGAAGAAUGGGGUGUAUCCCAAGCAUUUUAGCUCAAAGCACUGGGGGGAGCUGCUCGGAGGAAGUGAACCAGCUGGUUUUACCUUUCAAUGCCAAUGUGAAAACCAUGAUGAAUAGCCUUAAUGCUAACCUUCCGGGUGCAAGAUUUAUCUACGUCGACAUUGCUCACCUUUUUGAAGAUAUCGUUGCUAAUGCUAGAACAUACGGAUUUAGUGUUGUAAACCGAGGGUGUUGUGGGAUUGGGAGAAACAGAGGGCAAAUCACAUGUCUUCCAUUCCAAACACCAUGUGAAAAUAGAGAUGAAUAUGUGUUUUGGGAUGCAUUCCAUCCAACUGAGAAAGUGAAUAUCAUAAUGGCAAGGAAGGCCUUCAAUGGUGAUCCUUCCAUUGUUUAUCCCAUCAACAUUCAGCAGCUUGCCAAUCUUUGAUCUUUGUAUUAGUACCAUAAAUAAGCCAUUAUCUGGCUUAUUUUCUUUGUGUACUUCAUUUUCUGGUUGAUUGUAAACGAAGAGCACUUUGGUUCAA